CUUUCUGGAGCGCUGGUAUGGGUGUUGUUGGCUGCAGGGACUAUUGGUCUCCAGAGGGCUAGUAUGGACAUUGUGGGCCAAAUGGAUUCUUGGUGUGGCAGCUCAGUCCCUCAAGCCUGAUGUGCUGGCAGCUCACUCAUGGCUGGUGGGCUAACAGUUGACUCACGGCUAUUCCUUGAAAUUCCAUUUCAAGCAGUGCAAGGCCACCAAAUUCAAAUCCAUUUUCCUACCAUUUCAAGCAGGGUGCAAGGCCCACAGAUUCAAGUGCAGUUUCUUACCUCUUCGAGCAGGGUGCAAGGCCACAAAAUUCAAGUGCAGUUUCUUACCUCUUCAAGCAGGGUGCAAGGCCACCAAAUUCAGUUUCAGUUUCCUACCACUUCAAGCAGGGUGCAAGGCCACCAAAUUCAAGUGCAGUUUCCAACCACUUCAAGCAGGGUACAAGGCCACCAAAUUCAAGUGCAGUUUCAUACCACUUCAAGCAGGGUACAAGGCCACCAAAUUCAAGUGUAGUUUCAUACCACUUCAAGCAGGGUGCAAGGCCACCAAAUUCAAAUGUAGUUUCAUACCAUUUCAUGCAGGGUGCAACGACACCACAUUCAAAUGCAGUUGCAUACUAUUUCAAGCAGGGUGAAACCACCAUAAAAACAACCAUAAAGCCACACAUAACACCACACUCACAGUUCAGUAGACAUUCAGUGUGUUCAGUUGAUUCACAGCUCAGACAGAGUCGUGACCUCGCUUUCCGCCAUCAUGCAGAAACUGAGCCACACCCACAGUUCCAGGUUUUAUAAUCCCUCCCCCUCCCACCGGAAAAGGUGUGGCCUUCAUGGCGUGAUUGACAGGAGAGAGAUUCCCAACAUUUUUUAAACACUAAUAACACUUUUAUUUUUCAUAGAUGGGAAGAAUCCUUUGCACCUGAUGAGCAGAGGGGGACUGAGUAAGAUGGCCAAUAAUCGCAGCCGGUACCUUACCCAUCAUUGGACCAUCUUAUAUCCAAGAUGGCUCAGUCUUCUCCAGCAGAUGAAGGCCCGACAUUCGAACAUCUCUGGAGUAGUCUGGAACCAGACAGUACCUACUUUGAUAUCCCACAAACCAACCUCUCCAGCAGCAACGAAGCUGUGCCAAACUUGCCACAGAACCGAACCGAGGUCUGCAUGGAUGUAUUUCAGAUGAGGGACAUGAAUGAGUCUGUGAUGUCCCAGUUUAAUUUGCUAAACAGCAGCAUGGAUCAGAGUAUCACCAACCGUGCAUCUUCUGCCAGCCCUUACAACUCAGAGCACACAUCGAAUGUCCCAACUCCAUCUCCCUACUCACAGCCGAGCUCGACGUUCGACACGAUGUCGCCUGCUCCAGCCAUCCCCUCCAACACAGACUAUCCAGGACCACACUUAUUUGAAGUCACUUUUCAACAAUCAAGCACUGCAAAAUCAGCAACAUGGACUCAUUCUCCACUGCUGAAGAAACUUUACUGUCAGAUUGCAAAGACAUGUCCGAUCCAGGUAAAGCUGGCCUCGCCGCCGCCUCCGGGCAGCGUUGUGCGUGCAAUGCCCGUCUACAAAAAGGCUGAGCAUGUGACUGAAGUGGUGAAACGCUGCCCCAAUCACGAGCUUGGCAGAGACUUCAACGAUGGCCAGGCAGCUCCUGCCAGUCACCUCAUCAGGGUGGAAGGAAACAACCUCGCUCAGUACGUUGAUGAUGCCGUCACUGGGCGGCAGAGCGUCAUGGUGCCGUUUGAACCGCCGCAGGUUGGAACUGAGUUCACUACAAUUCUCUACAACUUCAUGUGCAACAGUAGCUGUGUGGGUGGAAUGAAUCGAAGACCCAUCCUCAUCAUCAUCACCUUGGAAACAAGAGAUGGCCAGGUUCUUGGACGUCGGUCCUUCGAAGGUCGAAUCUGCGCCUGCCCAGGAAGAGAUCGGAAAGCGGAUGAGGACCAUUACCGUGAGCAGCAAGCCAUCAAUGACAGCGCGGCAAAAAAUGGAAAUGGUAACAAACGCACUUUCAAACAGACUCCACAAACAACACAGGGACCCAAUGCUGGCAUUAAAAAAAGAAGGCACGGGGACGAGGAGUUCUUUUAUAUACCUGUACGAGGUCGAGAGAAUUUUGAAAUCCUCAUGAAGAUCAAGGAGAGCCUGGAGCUGAUGGAACUGGUACCUCAGCAGCUUGUUGACUCAUACCGGCAGCAGCAACAGCAAAUGGUGCAACGCCAGCAGCAGGCUUCGUCAUGUUAUGGCACGGUGAUACCGCCUACAAAUAAGGUACCCAAUAUGAUGAACAAACUGCCUUCUGUCAACCAGCUGGUGGGGCAGCCUUCCCAACACAGUCCAAGUACCUCAGCCAGCCACGGACACAUUGGCCCGUCUAUAAUGAACAACCACCAUCACCACCACCACCAUCACAUACCAACCAAUGGCAACAUGAAUGGAGGGAAUUCCUCUCAGCCAACAGGCAUGGGGCCUGCCUCACACUGCACCCCUCCUCCCCCCUACAACGCAGACCCUGGUCUCGUCAGUUUUUUAACAGGUCUGGGCUGCCUUAACUGUCUGGAAUAUUUCACCUCACAAGGGCUGCAGACUAUGUACCACUUGCAGAACCUUUCCAUUGAGGAUCUUGGAGCAUUGAAGAUUCCGGACCAGUACAGGCUUCUGAUUUGGAGAGGGCUUCAGGAGUUCAAACAGGGGCACGACUACAGCUCUCAGCAGCUGAUCCGGUCCGGCAACAACACGGCUACCAUGAGCGGUGAGCUGCAGCGGCAGCGGGUGAUGGAGGCCGUGCAUUUCCGCGUACGCCACACCAUCACCAUUCCCAACCGGGCCGACGACUGGGGCGACUUUGGCUUCGACCUACCUGACUGUAAGACACGCAAACCUCCAAUCAAAGAGGAGUUUACUGAGAGCGAGCUAAACUAAGUGUGGCAAAGGGAAAAGCAAGAAAACAAGAAGCCCUACAGCAUCUCCAAUUGCUCACAUCACUGACUGCUGUAACAUAGGCUGAGGGAGAUUGGUGACACGCUCCAGCUGACCGCUGCUGUACUGCUACAAACAAUCUCUCUGGUUGCUCCACACACAGGCACGCUGAAUACUUUGCAGAACAGAGGGGUUUUGCUUAUCAAUCAAAUGUGAGGUCAUUGCAUCGCUGUUCUUCUUGGACUUAACCUGAAUGCUAAAUGUUAUUUCUCUUUCGCGUUGCCCUCUGUCCCCACAUCACCACUUCCAAUCAGACAAUAUCCCCACACCCAGCACCACUCACUGCACCCGAUGCUGCAUGUUCCAUCAGAGUGCAGCUCACACACUGCGGGAAGGCCAAGAAUAUUCUCAACAUUCACCAGGACUGUCAGUACACUGCACUGACUGCAAGAGGGGAGUGGUCUGGCUGCACUCAAUACUUGCGUAUUUAUAUAUUUGUUGAUUUCUUGAUAUUACAGGAAAUCUUUGAUGAUGUGACCAAGAUAUUGAAAUAUUAUCGGCCUUUCAGUUAAGAGAGGAGCUGUCCCCUUUCUCAAGCUCCAGGCUUACUACACAUGGAAAUAGUCUUAGAGGUAUCCAUCCCAAAGGUUGACAGACAGAAAUAGGAAGGAUGGGGGAAGCCUAUGUACUGGGUGUACGGAUAAAACCGAGUACUUCUGUGUUAUUGUAGCAAGGAGUUCGAUGGCUCAUUAAAAUAUGAUAGCACUCUAUGACUCAAGCAGGUUUUGUUUAAAAAUUAAAAUGCUGUAAAGAUACAGCAAGUCCACUAGAAUUUAUCAAGAGAGAGUCCGGUUAAACUAUUUGUGUGGAAUUAGAAACUGGAAUAAAAGGGCCUUUCAAACAUUUCCAAAGAUUUCAAUAGUUCUCACGAGUAUUUGUUUUUCCUUUUGCAAUCUCUAAUUGGUUUCCAUUUCUACAUCAAUUUAUCUGCUAUCAUUAAAUGUAUUAUAUCAAGUGUUAAUCUCAAUACAAUCCAUCCUUAACUUGGCUGCCCAAUAUUCCAGUCCCUGUAAGCUAUCUACACCAGAAAUAUUAAACUUCUCCCCUCCUCUCCUCCACUUGGUUUAAAUCAAGUCAGGCUGAUCGAGACAAAGUUGGAAGUGUUUGAAGCAGAAUUCAGCUUCUGGUUUAUUCCAAGGCAGUUAGUGGAAAAGAGAGGGAAGAGAGUAACAUUUCCUGCCAGUUUGCUACUGUUUCCUAUUAUCCAAAAGGAAUUUCUAUUGUUUUGUAGUCCUGAGCCAUUAACACAUCCAGACCAUCCUGCAACCUGCGCUUUUCCUGCGACAACAUUCUGUUGUGUUAAUUGAACACACGUUGCUGAAUCCUCGUCUGUGCUGUUCAUAUCUUCACAUUUGACACCACCACCUCUCUUCACCAGCCGGCCAAGCAACACCCAGUUCCACAUCAGAAUUCAAUCCCAAUCCCAGCUACAUUCUGAACAUGCUGCAGCCUUUGCCCUUCAUACAUGGAUCGUGGAUCCAGACUUGGGAAGCUCAUCCUAGAUCAAAAUGCCUCGAACUGAAGCUAAUAUCUUUAAACGGGCCUUCAAGCCCUUCCAUUCCUGUCGUGAAGCCAUACUCAGUGUUUAAUCUUCCUCUGCUACUCCAGUGAAACAUCUUUGGAUGUUUCAUUAAGUUUAAUGCCUGUAUAAAUGUAUGUGAUACUUCCUCUUUAACAGAGACAGGGCCUGUUUUUAAUGUGUAACCAAUAGGGACUACUCAGUUUAAUGUAAUUUAUUGAUUCUCUUGGAAGGUUCGCCCAGAGCCCACAAAUCCCAGCAUUCGAGUUCAGUUUCGAAUGUGAACUUCCUCCCCACACCCAUUCUUCAUGGAACAUUAGGUAUAAUUGUAAUAUAUGUUCCAACCUUUCUUUGAUGCCCCAGAGUGUGAUGUCCCAAACUUUGUGAUGCGUUAAUUUGUCAUUCCAUGCUUGGCUAACACUUCUACCUAAUAAUAAAAAAUCCUCAUCUUGAAUGAACUGUAAGCAUCACAUAGGGGAACCCCAGAAGGGCAGUGCCAUUGUGAAAAGGCAAUUCUGGCACCAAUAUAGACAGCUCCAGUGUAAUCAUGAUAGAAUAUGAUGCAUCAGAUGGAUGAGGGGGAAGUAGUCAACCCUGUAGCUGGAUGACUGGCUCUGUCAUUUUCUACAGCCAAGGAUGCACUUACUUCUAAUGUUAACAUUCAUUUUAAUAAUGGUACAAGCAUCAGAAGAUGUUUUGUCUGAGGACAGUCAAUCAAGAACAAAUGUAUAAAAAGACAUGAAAAGCAAAAGAAAAUCGCUGACACACAAAAUCUAAAAUUGAAGCCGAAUUGCUGGAAAUCCUCGGCUGUUUGGGCAGCAUUUGCUGAGAGGCAGUCAAUGUUUCAGAUUGAUGAGCUCUCAUCAGAGGAAGUCACCGACUUGAAGCAUUAAUUCCUCCUCUUCAGAUACAGCCAGAACUGUUGGGAAAUCACAAACUGUCCAUUUGUUGUCUUUGUGCAAAGGCUCAGUGUUGACCACUUACUGACACCCCCCUCCCUCACCCCCACUACCUUGCCUUGGUUCCCACAUCAGGUCCAGCCUGUUUCCAGCUCAGUUCAUUUCAGGUAUUUCAAUGCAUGUAAAUUUCUUUUUCGUUGAAAUUGUUUAAUUGCGAGCUCUUGAGCAAACUUUUACCAAGGCUUUCACUGAAAGUGUGUUGUUCCAUUUGUUUUUAAACAAUAUGUAAAUAUAUAUAUAUAACUUUUGGAUGUAUUUAGUGAUGUACUCACCUUGCAGGGCAAGGCAGUUCUACUACCCCUAUGAACCAAUAGAGGAAAUGUUCCUCAAUCCUCUGCAACCGUUGCAGUCAAUUACAGCAUUAAUGCUGCAGUGUUGCAUUUAGAGCCAGUGGCCAUUAUUUCUGUCCCAUUGUGGAAAAGACUUGAGUUCCAGGAAGUAUUGUGUAGGAAGGAACUGCAGAUGUUGGUUUACACUGAAGAUAGACACAAACUGCUGGAGUAAUUCAAAAGGACAGGCAGCAAUUCUGGAUAGAAGGAAUGGGUGACAUUUCAGGUCGAGACCCAAAACAUCACCUAUCCAGAGCUGCUGCCUGUCCCGCUGAGUUACGCCAGCAUUUUGUGUCUAUUUCCUGAGAUGAAACACUGAGGAAAGGGUGUAAGUACUACAGAAGGUGCUGUCAGUGUACAGUGGGUCACAUUGCGGGAAGACAAAUGAGCACCAUGUGAUUUUGCUGGCCAAGAUACUGUGUAUUUUCAGACUUUGGAAUGGGCAACCCAAUCAGAGGGAGACAAGUGUUGAGUGGGUGAGGCAGUGUGACCCUGGCCUCAAGUCCUGGCCUUCACUUGGUGCUUGGGAAGAUUCAACAGUAGACCAUUGUUCCACUGCAUUGGACCCAGGUGGAAAUUAAGGAGGGAAAGUUGGCUUGUGUAUUUUAUUUUAAAUCAGAUGAUCACCUGCAUUUUAGAAAUGUGUUGGCUGCUUUAAUCACAGCCAGUGCAGUCAACAUCAGAGGAUGACAGGCUAUCUUUCCAAUCUGCCACAAAUCUCGCCUGGCCAGUUGCAAACGCACUGAUGUGAAGCAUGGUGCAUGGCAGCUCUUACUUUAACCUGUGUAGUUCUGGUAUGCUCCAGCCUCUGGGUUAAAGCUGAUAACAGAGCCACCCCAGCAGAUAGGUGCCCGGCCACUGGUCAACUAACAUGGCCAUGCCAGUGAAACUAUACCCUCCUCUUUGCCCUACACACUUCCCUGGCAGUUUUGCUAUUAACAGAAAAAGUGUUCAAACAUUUAUUUUUAAUGCUGUUUUAGAGCCCUGGUUAUCAUGAGUUGAAUUGUAAUGGUCCAGGAGAUAAAUCUUUAAUUCUCUGAUACUCCAGGUUAAUUUGAGAGUUAACUUAUUACAGAGCACACAUAGUACCUGGAACUUUUUGAUUUAAAGGAAAGGGAAGAUAAAUUACAAAACCUUGGAAGUGUCUUUCAACAAAAUACAAACUGGGCAGAUAUUUGGAAACUCUGCAAAAUGUGUGUGAAAUGUUACCUGCAAUGUUUUAAUGAUGUUCACUGUGGUCUUUCUGUUGGCUGUAGUGCAUCAGAGACGAUUAACUUACCCUUUCCUUGUUCAGGAGUCAGUGCUUUCUGAACACGAUGCACUCGAAUGGGCAGCACUUAACUUGCUCUGUGUUCCAUUCAUACCCAACUGGUUAACAAGUCACAGCUAAACUUUCACUGUACUAUUUUAACACUGCUGGUGACCCACUUGCCCAAUCCACCACAAAGAGCAACCUGAGUCAGUUAAUGUGACAGCCUUUCACAAGAUUUGUUAAUGCAUACAAAAUCCAUGGGGCUUGUAUCUGCGUCAGCUCUAAGCAACUAACAAGGCUGUGAUUCAGGAAUUAAAGUCUCUGAUUCCCACAAAUAAUCAUUAUAAAAGGGAUUUUAACCAGUUUAUUAUAAAGGUGAUUUGUCUCAUGAAUGCAGAUGUAAACAUGGCAGCAAUGUUGUCUUCUGACUGAAGAGAGCAGCGAUUUCAGGGCAAGAACAUGAGCAAGCACCUGUUAAACCCAGUCCAACCCCGUUUAGCUGCCAACAGCCCCUGAUUUCCUCUGGACUAACCAGUAGAGAAUCAAACAAUAGCUAACAUUGACUUCUUUUCAAAGUGGGGGAAUUGUUCACAGAAUGAAAACAAGUGAAACAAAAAGCAAGAGGGUCUUUUUUUUUAAAUCAAUCACAUUCUCACCAUUUAUCUCCCCAUGUACCUCGAAGAUGCUGAACUCAAGGGACGUUGUGUUAGCCUGUAUCUCAGGGUCAAGCGGUGAUUCUUUAUUAGAUCAGAUAGUGGGUGCCAAUCAUACAGGCGCCACUGAACAGGCAAUUCGAUCAGAUUUUCUUGCCAUCACCAAUGCCAUAAAUAACCUUCUCAACUGAUUACAAUUCAUCCCUGAGAUUACAUGGUUCACAUGAAAAAAAAGGCAGGUCAGAUCAAAUGGUGCUCUGCUAUUCAGUAAUAUUUGGCUGAGGAUCAUGGCCACAGCCCCACAUUUUUGCCUGUUCCCUGUCACCCUCAAUUUAUUCUCAGGCCUAAUAUCAAUCUCAACAUUGAAUACAUUCAGCAAUUUUCUUUGUGGUGAAUUUUAAAGAUUCAUGAACCUUCCAGGGAAGACAUUUUCUUAUUUAUCAUCCCUUUCUCAAAACUGCAAACUGCAGCCCCCUCACGUGAGCUUCUCCUGCACGAACAAACUUCCCUUCAACAUUUGGCUUGUUCCAUUUAGAUUAUUUUUCAUUCUAAAUCUCAAGGCCUAAUUGUUUGCCAUGUCAGGAAUCAUUCUAUGUUCACAAAGGACACUUUUAUACAAUGCAGUCUCAGCCCCCGUCACGAACUGAAGAGAUGAAACAGCUCAGCAUCCAUCCUAGCGAGCAGAGCACAGAUAGGCUACCGCCACACCGCUCACUCCGCUCCCCAUCACUAAUCUCACAAACCAAACGUUGUCACAUUUGGUAUUAUGAAAUUAGCCUCCACAUCACUCACUGUCGUAACUAGGCAAGAUACAGUGGUGCAGGUUGCCAGUGCACAAUAAGCAGUUAGUGGGAUGAAAAACUGCUUAUUUAAUUCCAGAUUUAUUUAAGAUACAGAAAACCCACAGCAGCAAAACCCAGAAAUAAUCCACAACUUUUCUUUCUAAUGUUGUGCUUUCAUAAUUUUAGGAGCUCUCUCUCUCAGUGAUAAAUUUUUGGACAUUGUAAAAUGACAAUUUGGGCACUUGUGUGAACCCCUAUGAAUAGUAGCAAUUUAAAGCACUUUAUGGCUUUAAAUGUUAAAUAAUUUUUUUAAUAGUUUCAAUGUCAACUAAUGCUUUUUCAAGCCAGUAUUAAUAGUUAUCAUACUCCAAACCAGUUGUAAUCGUCUAGUUUUUUUUAAUUAUUUGUAAUGUAUCCUUUGAAAUUAUGUCUCAAGAUGUUUUGUAUCACAAUAAAGCACAUGGAUCCUGUACUUUGUGACAUAGU